AUGUUCGUGUUCGGCAUCAGCGAGGGUGACGUUGUCGUUUUCGAUCCGGAGAGUUACAAUGUUUAUCGUACAAUAGCUCUAGCGGAUCCUUCUAAGGAAUACACGGGAGUCACCUUUGAUCAAGACUCGAAUAUUCUAUAUGUAACCGAGAAGGCUACUGGGCGGAUUGCUCGGUUCAUAGGUCAGGGGGGAGUGUGGACUCCAAUUGACCCCUUGAAUGGUUCGGAUGUUCUCAUCGAGCCCACUAUUUUGCGCUUCACACUCGGUAAACUUUACGUUAGAGUGAAUGGCGGCGUCGCCUAUGCUACAAUGGGCGGGUCUGUGAAUCCUCAGUGGUCUUUCGUUCCACUGGAUAUUCAAGGUGACCAGAGCUUUACUGCUGCUCCAGACGGUUUCCUCUACUACCGUAAGUCUAUCGACUCGGUCUAUCGUCUUCCAUUGGAUAAUCUGAUCGGCGCGGGUGAACUUUACGCUGGUGGAUGCGGCUGUGGACUGGCGCCAAAUCAAGUGUGUACCUCGGGCAACGGCAACCUUGUGAACUUCAAUCCCACUGGUGGCGUUGUCAUGCAAGACUACUCCGAAGGACCCGACUUCCGCUUCCUUAACUG